CAUCAUUAUUCGUAAGAUCAUUGUUAGUUUGCGUUUGUCCCUCAAAAUGUUGGGACUAGUUAUAUUUUUUGGCUUAAACUUAAGUAGUGGACUAACUAAAGAAGCACGACUUGUGCACACAACUCAAGGCCCUGUCGUCGGAUAUAAGGAACCUGGUGACAAUGUGUUUGUUUUUCACGGGAUACCAUAUGCCACCGCACCCACAGGUGAAAACAAAUACAAGCCACCUCUGCCAGGGCCCAAGUGGUCCAAACCCUUCCAUGCUGUCAAUGAAAAUAUUAGUUGCUUGCAAAUGAAAAAUUAUCUUAUAACAAUACCGAAGGAAGUUCAAACAGAAAAUUGCUUAGUUGCAAAUGUAUACGUACCAGAUACAAAAGAAAAUAAUUUACCUGUUUUAGUAAUAAUUCAUGGAGGAGCGUAUAUUUUUGGAAACGGCGAUUUUUUGAAAGGAAAAAAUCUUAUAAGGCAAACAGCUAUGAUCAUAGUUAAUUUUAAUUAUCGUAUUGGACCUCAUGGUUUCUUGUGCUUAGGCACACCAGACGUGCCAGGUAACGCUGGAAUGAAAGACCAGGUGGCCUUGCUACGCUGGGUUCAGAAAAAUAUUGCCAGUUUUGGUGGAAAUCCUGAUGAUGUGACUAUAAGUGGAUUCAGUUCUGGCUCAGCUGAUGUAGAACUAUUAACGCUUUCACCAAUAACAAAAGGUUUAUUUAAAAAGGCGAUCUUAGAAAGUGGUUCAGGUGUAGCCGCAUUUAGUGCUCAGACAAAUCCCGUUAAAAACGCUAAAGAUUAUGCGAGAUUAUUGAAUUUUGAUGCUGGUGAUGAUGUCUAUAGUCUUGAAGAGUUUUAUAAAUCGGUUCCAAAUGAUGUUUUAUAUUCUAAAGACGUUUAUAAUGCGACAGACACUAUAUUCUUUUUCUCACCCUGUGUGGAACGCGAUGUAGGACAAGAAAUAUUCCUCGGUGACUCACCUGUGAAUAUAUUAAAAAAUGGUGAACAAAAUAAAUUGCCUAUGCUUUUCGGUUUCACCGAAAUGGAUGGAUUGUUUAGAAUACCACUCUUUGAUGAAUGGAAAGAUAGAAUGAAUACGAAGUUCUCGGAUUUCUUACCGGGUGAUCUACGCUUCAAAGAUAAUGCGGAAAGAGAAGAAGUUGCUCAAAAAGUUAAACAGUUUUACUUUGGCUCGCAAGCAGUCAGUGAAAAAAACAUAUUUAGAUAUAUCGAUUAUUUUACAGAUACUGUUUUCGCUUAUCCUACUUUACGAUCGGUUAGGUUGCACGUGGAGUCUGGGAAUGAAAACAUUUAUUUGUAUCGGUAUGAUUUCGUUGAUGAAACAGCACCUCUGGUGCCUUACACGUGCGUGAGAGGUGCAGAUCAUUGUGCUCAGACUCUUGCGGUUAUGGACGGCGUUAUUUCGUCUUUAGCGGAGAUUAAUCCAUCACAAACCUUAAAUGAAGAUGGUCUUUCUAGGGAUUAUAAGAUUAUGAAAGCUGUAAUGAGAUAUCUUUGGGCAACGUUUAUAACGACUGGUAAACCUGUGCUAGAAGAUUCCAAACCUAAAUGGCCGCCUACUCAAGCUAAUGGAGGUCCGUACAUGCAUUUGGACAUAUCACUCAAACUGCGAGGUCCACUUAUACAACAACGCGUUCUGUUUUGGGAUGAUAUUUAUGACAAAUACUAUAGUUAUCCUUCUCCACCAUCUCCACAGUCACACACAAAAUAAGCAUAUAAA